CAAAAUAGUAUUAAAGAGAACAAUUUAUUAAUACUAAUUUGGUUAAUUUGAUUAUUUAUUUACUUCACUAUAUAUAUAAUAAACCCUCACGCAUGUUUUCAUCUGCUGCCACCAAAUUACACAAACCAACCAACAAAAAACAACUCUCUUUCUUUUUUCUCUUACAAAGUUUUCAUGGAGAGUUCAAUGAACAAUGCCUUCAUUAUGAGCAAACAUGAAACGGCCAUGUUUACAGACGACCAAAAUCCAGAAGAAAGUAGCUGGACGAUGUACUUUGAGGAUUUCUUCGAGGCUUCUUCAAGCAUAGUUGACGUCGGAGAUUUCAGCUCUUCCUCUGUCUCCGACGCAGCGUCAUUCGUGGCCACUAAGAAGACCCUCAACGUGUCGAAGCAAGAAGGAUCUAAUUUGGACAUCAAGAGGACAAGAAAUAGAGAGAUUCCUUUUGGCCGUCAUCAUGAUCUUGAAGACACUGCCUCUUCUCCUUCUGGUAGCCCUAACGUCUAUAGCAUGAUGAACCUACAAGACAACAACACUAGACACGGGGGUGGUAUUGUGGGUGAUGAUGUAAGAAACAUAUUAACUAUAUAAUUUACCUUAGUAUAGUUAAUUCAAUCAUAUGUUAUACCAAUUAUAUUCCGACUUCUAACAAGAAUUUACGAUACGAUAAUCUUACAUAGGAGAAAAGAGUGAGUGCAGUGCCAAACCAAGGUGGACUACCAAUAGACUUGAAGAAAAAAGGGCUUUGUUUAGUUCCUUUGUCUAUGGUCACCAAUUUUCUUGGUUGAUUAUAAAUAAUAAUCCUUACAUUCUUUUGGUUUCCUAUAUCAUUUUUUGUUCAUUUUAGAAUAUUUAAUAUUUGGUAGAUUUUUUUUCAGUCAUAUGUUAUAUAUGUUAUUCACUUAAUUGUUGAGAUACGCUUGUGUAACAAAUUACAUAUAGCAUGUGAGUUGUAUAUUUAUUACUUUAUUUCUUUGAUAAAUUUAUGUAUAUUUAU